CGGGGCGGGAAGGAGAGUGGUCAUCGCGCUCCGGUGUCACGUGGGGUGAGACGGGCGGGGCUGCGUUGUGACUUAGCAGCGCGAGGACGCCGGGCUGCACGCGCCGCGCCGGACCCGCCAUGCCCGCGGUGACGGUGCUGGGGCUGGAAGGCAGCGCCAACAAGGUGGGGACGGGGCUGGUGCGGGACGGGCAGGUGCUGAGCAACCCCCGCCGGACCUUCGUGCCCGCGCCGGGCCAGGGGUUCCUGCCGGGGCAGACAGCGAGGCACCACCAGGGCUGUGUGCUGGCCCUGUUGCAGGAAGCUCUGCAGGAGGCAGGGCUGGAGUCUGCAGAUGUGGACUGUGUGGCCUACACCAAGGGCCCCGGCAUGGGUGCCCCACUGGUGACUGUGGCCGUGGUGGCCCGGACAUUGGCCCAGCUCUGGAACAAGCCCCUGCUGGGCGUCAAUCACUGUGUGGGCCACAUUGAGAUGGGCCGGCUGAUCACAGGUGCCCAGAACCCCACUGUGCUGUAUGUCAGCGGGGGCAACACCCAGGUCAUCGCAUACUCGGAGCGCCGGUAUCGCAUCUUCGGGGAGACCAUCGACAUCGCCGUGGGCAACUGCCUGGACCGCUUCGCCCGUGUGCUGAAGAUAUCCAAUGACCCUAGCCCUGGCUAUAACAUCGAACAGAUGGCAAAGAAGAGGUGGCUCACAAGAUGCUGGCAUCAGGAGAAUGCACCCCAGAGGAUCUCUGCUUCUCUCUCCAGGAGACACUCUUCGCGAUGCUGGUGGAGAUCACGGAGCGGGCCAUGGCGCACUGCGGCUCACAGGAGGCCCUCGUCGUGGGCGGUGUCGGCUGUACGUGCCAGGACCGUGGGGGGUAACAUGCGGCUGCAGGAGAUGAUGCAGAUCAUGUGUGCAGAGAGGGGAGCCAAGCUGUUUGCUACAGAUGAGAGGUUCUGCAUUGACAAUGGGGCCAUGAUUGCGCAGGCCGGCUGGGAGAUGUUCCGCACAGGGCAGGUGACGCAGCUAGAGGAUUCAUGGAUCACACAGAGGUACCGAACAGAUGAAGUGGAGGUCACCUGGCGCGAUUAACCCCUUCCCUCCCACGCAGAGGAUGGGCCCCAAAGCGGCUGCUGCGCCCGGCCUGCGCAGAGCAGGGCGUCCGUGGCUGGAGGCUCCCGCUGGCUGGAACUCGGCCCUAACACACAAUAAAGACUUCGGCUUUUGUAA